AUGGGCCAUUGCCUACCAGAAGGCCAAAAACUUGAAAAAGUCAACAUUACCACUGAUAUCGGUUGGGUGAAUGGCUUGUACGACUCGCCUCUCGCCGUCCGUUUUGCAGACUUCGCGACUGCAUUCCCAGCUGGCAUUCAGGUUGCGUCCACCUGGAAUCGCGCUCUGAUGCGUGCUCGUGGCCUGGCUUUGGGCGUCAACAUUGCUCUUGGUCCCAUGAUGAAUGUGAGCCGCAUCGCUCAAGGCGGCCGCAAUUGGGAGGGAUUUGGUGCCGAUCCUUUCCUGACCGGCGAAUCUGCAUACGAGACAAUCGUAGGCCUGCAACAAGGUGGAGAGCACUUCCGUACCCAAGAAUCCUCAAAUGCCGAUGUCCGAACUCAACAUGCGAUUUACGCGCACCCGUUCUUGUGCAGCGUCAUGGCUGGCGUUUCGUCCGUCAUAUGCAGUAACAACCUCGUCAAUGGAAGUUACACAUGCAACAGCGACAAGAUGUUCAACAACAUCUUGAAGCGGGAGUACGGGCUUGAUAUGACUAUGCCCGGCGAUAUCACGUUUGGCUCCGGCGACUCCUACUUCCGGAGUAACUUCACAGACUAUGUGGACGACGGGUACAUCAGCAUGGCUCGCCUGGACGACAAUGACGAGGACUACCCUGCAACGAACUUCGACGCCUUCAAUCCUAAUGACGAAGUGACCAACAAGCAUGUGAAUGUACAAGCGGACUAUUACAAGUUUGUAAGGGAGAUCGGCGCAGCUGGGACGGUUCUAUUGAAGAAUUCAAACGGCGCGCUGCCAUUGAACAAGCCGAAAAAUAUGGUAUUGAUUGGAAGUGAUGCGGGUCCAAGUAAAUCCAGUCCCAACCAGUUCUCGGAUCAGGGUGGCACCCAUGGCAUCUUCAACCUUGGCGUUCCAUACGAUAUGUUGUGGGCGGGCAGAACUGGCAGAACGAUUGGAAAAAAACGUCUGGAAGGAAGGGGGCGAAAGAAGGCCGAGCCAGCGUUAACUAGUUGCAAAUCGCUGACCAGCAUCAGAGUUUGGACCCGUCGAAAAACUAUCGUUGAACGAUUCCUGUUUGGUAUAGUCUCGGACUUCUAG